UCUGGUCGGCAGCGAUAGCGGCAGUACCAGUGACGGCAGCAACACGUAGUAGCAGUCAACGGUGUCCAGGCAGCGCAACGCUUAGGAGGCAUACAGAACAUCGAGAUCCGUUCUUCAUCCGACGCGCUGAUUACGGUGCAUCACGCAGCCGCAUUACGGAGCGGAUCUCCUGUCCGCAGCAUCCUCUUCGUUGAGCGUCGCCGCGGCUACGUAGGCGGAUAAUUAUCAACCGGAAAUACGUUAGGAAGUCAAUCAAGCUUGAUCCUCUGCUUGGCAUCUUUGUGGCAGAAUGAAGCUAUGCUGGAGUUUGGCUCUCGUGGCCGUCGCCUUGUUGAUGAUUCUUACGAAUGCGCGAGCGGAAGCUGAUCUGUGGGAGGAGGAUGACAAGGAGGUGCUUGUACGGACAGUACGUGGUACUAAGGAACGAACAUCCGGCAGCUCCUCAUCGUGCAGAUAUGUAAAGGGUCAAUGGUCGGAAUGCGACUCAAAUACCAACACGCGGUCGCGCACUCUGAGCCUCAAGAAGGGCGAUAAGUCCUGCGAGCAGACUAAGACUAUACAGAAGAAAUGUAAGAAAGCAUGUCGAUACGAGAAAGGCACGUGGAGCGGAUGCGCGAAUCAGAUGAUGACGAGAAUCGAUAAUUUGAAAGCGAACAGCGAUACAUCCUGUGAGAAGACGCGACGGCUCACCAAGAGGUGUAAACCAGAGACCAACACCAAGAAAUCUGCCAAAGGUGAUCGAUCGAACAAGAAAUCGGGCAAGCAGUAAUUAUCCGCCACACAAUCUCCAAUCAUUUCUUCUAAUCGGGCAACGAAAGCGAAACUUUCAUCUCUACGAUCCCCCAACUUCUUUCGAUCCCUUUUCCUAUCGCUAAUUAAUUGCGAGGCAGAGGCAGAACACAAAUUUGAAUCGAUCGUCGAUUGAAAUGUUUAUCAUAUAUAUAUAUAUGUACUGCCUAGGAAUCAUUUGCAUUUUGGAUGCAGACGCGUACCGCGUGACUGUAAACCGUUUUCAAAGUGCGCUGCAGCCGUCGAUUAAUUACUGUUAAUAAUUACGGGAUACUGCAUACGUUUCGGUGAUCACAUCUGUUCUCGACAGUAACUCCGUUAUUAACCCUUCCAGGGUUUUCUUGUGCUAUUGUAUUACUAUUAAUUAGUAAUAUUUAUAUCAGGUGUAUGUUGCGCGUUAAAUUUUGGCUUAAAUGUUUUGACAACUUCAACUUCCGAGUAAACAUAUUAGAUUGGUUACACUUAAUAAUAGGUCCGAGGUUUGUAUGGAAAAUAUCACGUUCAUAAGCGUAUGCCUGUGUCGAAGAGAGAGAGACUCUUCCAUUUAACCCAUUGACAUAAUUUGCAACGAGUUCCCCUGUUAGAGGAGUUAUUGAUCGCAUAAAGGUAUUCUAAAAAUGGACGAUGGCGAGAUCUUGGAGGGUUAAGCCGCGCAAUCAACCGAAGAAUUGAUUGGGAACCGAUACGUAACAUGUUCGAGAUGACGAAAGCUGAACAGGGCCGAUCGUCUAGACACAUAGUGAUGCAGUUUGUGCAUUGAAUUUUCGCGAAUUUGACCCUCGCAUCUCUCGAUGCGACAUUUUUUCAUGCCUUGUGAAUUCGGAUAUUUAAAGAUCUGUAAGGAUUCAGGAGUUAGCUUUCUUAGCGUGUUCUUGCAAAAUCUGCACCACUGGUUGUUUGAUUAAUGAGCGUAGCACACAUCGUAGAGCUCCCUGACUAGCAGCAGCCGCCAUUUCGGGUUCGCAGAGGAUAAGAUCAUCCGCCAAAGUUGUUCUCUCGUCUUCCCACAGCGAUAUUAUAUUAUUAUUAAUAUUAUUAAUAUUAUUGUUUAUCAUACAAGAAGCAGCAGCGACCCCCAUUUGGCUUAGCUGCUGAUCCACUUAAAAUCAUGUACAAUAUUUGUCAUACUAAACAGCUUUCAUUCGAUUGUCACGUAAAUAUACAAUGUUCGGUGUUCAAAGUAACUGUGUCCUGUAUCAUAUAACAUGCGCGAGAUAUUCCGACAAUUAUUACGCCGUCGCGAAGGUUCAUCAAUUUAAACAAGGAUGCUCGAGCGAGAAGCAUCCGUUCUGUGUGGCAUCUUCAAAACGGUCACGAUGAAUCAAAAAUUAUGAAAUCAAAAUGAAUGAACGAUCAAACGAUACACAUCAAAAUGACAUUUGUCGAGAGAAUUGAAAUAAAAUACGAAAAAAAUAUAUUAUAUUAUUUAGCACAGAAUGUUCGCGCGAGCCUGAUGAAUUUAUCCGGAAUCCUCCGCGCUCCUCUCGGCAGGACGUUGUCACUUCCGAUGUUAAUAUUCGCAAUUAACGUUAUAAUAAUAUUGUAUCAAGUGAUAACUGGCAAUUAUGGAAACUCGCCAAUGAGCAUGAAAAUCAAACUGAAAUAACUCGUCGUCUCGUCAAACAUGCACGCUCGCGCGUGCAGGAAAGAGAGAGAAAGAGAAAAAAAGAGAUAGAUCACUGGAUAUCUUUUCGACGCUACAAAAAUCAAAUCCCUCCUCCCUGCAUACAAGAUUGUAAUUCGUUUUUAAGUCUAGAUGUAUAACCGGAGGGCUCGUCGAUGACAAGAAAUUAAGCCUGUUUGCGCGUUUGGUAUUACACGCGAGUGCGAGUUGCGUCGUGCGGAUGUGUCUCGCAAGAAUGCAUAGGGGUAGAUGAGACCCGAGGAGAGAGUAUUUUUCACAUACAAGCAUACAAUAAUAUUUUGAAGGUAUCUCUUCCUCAUCUCCAUCUAGAUCUUCGAUACACGAAGGAGGCUCGGUCCUUCAGCUCCGAAAGUCGAGAACAAACGUCGAGAUUAUCGGCGGAUUCUUCCACGCGUCGGAUUCCGAGGACCUCCAGGAGUUCAUCUAAGACCCUGUGGACGCCGUACGCGCGGAAUCGCGCGCGCGUCAUCGUCAAGCGCCUAGUUCUAGCUCCCGUAUUACAGCAUAUCAUCAUUACGCGUGAAGCGAAUUUUAUCGAUAAACUAGGAUAGCGUUAUCUCCGUUUUAUGGACUCUUCGCUAAUUACUGUCCUCACUGAUCCCACAAAUUCCUCCAACCGAUGAACUCGACUUCACCGGAUACAUUCGUCGUUCCCUCCACCUCGAAUUGCCAAGGUCGAAGCUGUGUUCCGCACCGAGACCAGUUCGUAUCAGGGACACACCACGGAAGUCGACUCGUUAUGUGCAAAAGCAUUCAAUGUGUCUCUCAUGAACGUUACAUCUAUUUUAUAAUGCGUACUAAUUGCAUGCGUAAUCUACGGAGAUCACUCACGCUAUUCCUCUCGAAAAAGCUUUUUCGGUGUCCGAAGACGAUUCCGGAAAAGCGCAAUCGCUAUACUUUUUAUGAAAUGCGCGAGUUUGCAUGCCUCUUAGUUUUCAUAGGAAUCUUAUGCUCUUAACGAUCAUGCAGGAUUGCGGAAUUUCUGAACCAUCCGAAUAUGUCGUGCAGUUAUCUCGGCAAUGUAAAACAGAUGUAACGAGUCUCGUGCUUGACUUCUCUGUGUGGAGCUCGCAGAAAGCUCUCCAUGUUUUAAUCGCAUUGUAACAUAGCAUGAUAGAAAGAUACAUCAGUAAACCUAGAGACUAAUUUUUCAAAUCCUUCGAUAAAACUACAGGAUGUUUCGAGGAGAAUGCGUGCGUCGAUAGCAAAUGUCAGUGCUCCUUUGGAGAAACUUCGAAGCGGAUUUCUCUCUGACUACGCAAAUUUUUAAUGAAUCGUGAAUUAAAUUCUGCAAAUCUGCACCUGCGCUCCGACACUGUCAAGAAAGAUUAUAGCACAAUUUUAAUUUCUGUCUUUAAUUAUAUAAUUCUGCUCUGGAAAAUCCCUCUCGAUAGUUCUUCCAGGACAGCUUUUUGCUAUCUGCGUGCACUGCAUCCAUCCUACGGAAUAUAUAUAAAUCAUAGAUAUUCUAGAUAUUAUAAUAAGAGAAUCGUUCAAAACUUUAUUCGUUAGAAUUAAAAUAAUUAGAGACAUACAAAUCACCCUUCUAAUUACGGAUCGUUGAGUUUCAUGAUCGUCGAUCUUGUUGAUGGUUUAAUCUUGUUAGUGCAAUUAUAGAAAUUGUAUUAGACUGCUUUGACCAUUUCCAUUGGUAUGACAGAUCGCUAAAAAUUUUCUACGUAUUUCGUUAAGAUUAAACAAAUUCGAUUGUACAUUUUCCAAAGAUGUCAAUUUGUUAUACAAAUCGAUAACUGCUUCGCAACGAUUUAGAUAAAUAAUUGUUAAAUGUUAUUUGUAUAAAUCGCUGAUCGCGCAGUUGUUUCAUUAUGGACAGUUUCGUCAGAUCGUAUAGCUUAGGAUAGCUCCUGAAUUUUGGAUGUACUGUAGCUCGAUGAAAUCGAUGAUUUUCUUUACGAACUACUAUAAAAAUUGUAUAAUGCAUCUACUUACUUAUUGAAAUAAUUGUGUAACCAUUACACAUGUAACAAAAAUCCAAUGUUGUCAAUAAAAGUAAAAUAUUAUAUAUACAA